AUGGACACAGAGUAUCCUCCAAUCGAUCUGCAAAGGGAAGUGUUUGGAAUUUGCAGAGAAGAUAGCUGGGAAGUGUUGGAUGUUUUGAUAAAUCAAUCCAGUAUUCUAGUUUCUACCAAGAUUCAAGUUCGUAAUCGUAGUUGUUUCUCAUGCAUCCAUGACACGAACGAGACAAGCUUUGUAGCGGUGACGCCGUUGCAUGUUGCAGCUACAUGGGGGAGUUGGCAGUGCAUAAAAGUGCUGUUGAACUACGGUGCUCAGAUCAACUUUCAUUUAGAUGAUCCAAGUUUCUACGACUAUCAACCUCUCUAUCUUGCAGUGAGCAACGCAUAUAUGUACAACAUGUUGAACAAAGACUUGAGGUAUGUAAAGAGUGUAAGGCUAUUACUGGAAGCUGGCGCUGUCGUGGAAUAUGCUGGUAUUACCAGUGCUAGGGGAUCUUUACUCAAUAUGGUCGUCGGCUGGAACUUUGAUGCUGAAAUUGUUGAGUUUUUAAUCAAGUACGGAGCCAACAUUAAGAAAGCUGAUGACCUAGAUAGGACUGCUCUUCAUUAUGCGGCAAUGUUUGAUCGCGAUGCACAUCAUCAGCAUGUGCUAACCUUGUUGAAGUACGACCCAGAUAUCAACAAACAGGAUGUCCAUGGUAACACUGCCUUAUCAUAUGCCGCAUUUCGUUCAACUGUCAAUGCAGUACAGGCCCUUUGUGAAAAUGGUGCUGACCCCAAUAUAAAAAGUGCCAAAGCGAUGACUCCAUUGCACUAUGCGUGUCGUCAUGGUAAAACUGCCGUCAUCAACUACCUUAAGACUGUGGUGGAAGAUAUAAAUUGUACCAAUCAUGAUGGUGAUACACCACUUGACCUCGCCAUUAGGAAUCUUUCCGUCUUUGCCAAGUGCUUAGAUCUAGCAGAACCUGAUUCGGAGCAAGUCAAGUCUGUUUAUCUGUGCUUUCAAGGACUUCUCAACUAUGGAGCUGUCAUGGAGGACUUCUCAGGCGCCACCUUAGAAAGUGUACUCGUCAGAUCUCAAGCUACACAUUUAAUAGAUGUAGUUGCCUUACUUGUCAAUAGUCAACCUUAUAUAGAUUUACGUAAUGUUGUUGUGCAGCUACCUAGUGAUAUUGCUUACGAUGCUGUACUCUUUUAUCAAACUCUGCUAUCACUUGGUAGUCAACCACGAAAACUACAGCACCUAUGUCGGUGCAGUAUUCGAAACUACCUGGGAAAGCGUUGUCAUAUUGUCGUUAACUACCUCCCACUUCCUGUUCAUCUUAAACGCUAUAUUUUACUAGAUUAUCGAACUCUUGAUUUUAUUUAA